GCACCGACCCUCAUCUGCCUCGCGGCUCAUUCUGCUUGUCCCAAACAAAGAACCAAUCAGAGAAUCCCGAACGCGCUUGGUACCGCCUUAUUAUUUGAAGUUACAUCACAUACGGGACAAUCAGGAAGAGUAUGGUGCAAAGGACGAGGACAGAAGGCCCCUCGCAGGCUGAAACGCUGCUGCGAGUUACCUCUGGCAUCGCAGCUGAGCUCAUCAAGGCGCACGAUGCAAAUCAAACUGUCUCACUGAACGAACUCCGCGCGAAAAUGAGCAAGAAGUAUGGAUUCGGCGGUGUUCCAAGGCUGGUGGACAUCAUCAGUGCGAUACCGGACGACUACAAGAAGGCCUUGUUGCCGAAGCUCAGAGCUCGUCCUAUCAGGACAGCGAGUGGAAUCGCAGUGGUAGCUGUUAUGUGCAAGCCCCAUCGGUGUCCGCACAUCGCCAUGACUGGCAACAUCUGCGUAUACUGUCCAGGAGGACCCGACUCGGACUUCGAUUACAGCACGCAAAGCUAUACUGGAUACGAGCCUACGAGUAUGCGUGCUAUCCGAGCGCGGUAUGACCCGUAUGAACAGACACGAGGCCGCGUAGAGCAGCUCAAAAGCCUUGGGCACAAUGUGGACAAGGUUGAAUUCAUCAUCAUGGGAGGCACGUUCAUGAGCAUGCCAGAAGACUACAGGAACGCCUUCAUUGCGCAACUGCACAACGCGUUAUCCGGAUUUACCGGAUUGGAUGUAGACGAGGCUGUUCGCUACUCGGAAUUAAGCAAGUCGAAGGCGAUCGGCAUCACGAUAGAGACACGUCCCGACUACUGCCUGCGGCCUCACCUCAGUCAGAUGUUGCGGUACGGGUGCACUCGUCUUGAGAUUGGUGUGCAGUCGGUGUACGAGGACGUCGCACGUGAUACGAACCGCGGCCACACCGUCCGUGCGGUCACAGAGUCAUUCCACCUGGCCAAGGACGCAGGCUUCAAGGUCGUUGCCCACAUGAUGCCCGAUCUGCCCAACGUCGGUGUCGAGCGUGACUUGGAGCAAUUCAAGGAGUACUUCGAGAACCCUGCAUUCAGAAGCGACGGACUCAAAAUCUAUCCGACCCUUGUAAUCCGCGGCACAGGGCUUUACGAAUUGUGGCGCACUGGGAGAUACAAGAAUUACACGCCUAACGUCCUCGUUGACGUCGUCGCGCGGAUUCUAGCGCUAGUGCCUCCGUGGACACGCGUGUAUCGAGUGCAGAGAGACAUUCCGCUUCCGCUCGUCACCAGCGGCUGCGAGAAUUCUGGGAACCUCCGAGAACUGGCGUUGAACCGCAUGAAGGACUUCGGGGCGGAAUGCCGUGAUGUGCGCUUCCGGGAAGUCGGUAUCCACGAGAUUCACCACAAGGUCCGUCCGGAAUCCGUGGAGUUGCUCCGUCGGGACUAUACUGCCAACGGGGGUUGGGAGACAUUCCUGUCCUACGAGGAUCCGGAGCGAGAUAUCCUCAUCGGGCUUCUUCGGCUGCGGAAGUGUUCUGACGAGGGUACAUUCCGGCCGGAGCUGGUGCGGCAGGAGGAGGGCGGGUGCAGUAUCGUUCGAGAGCUGCAUGUGUAUGGUACUGCUGUCCCUGUGCACGGGCGCGAUCCAACAAAGUUCCAGCAUCAGGGCUUCGGCACGCUGCUGAUGGAGGAGGCGGAAAGGAUAGCCCGUGAAGAGCAUGGCAGUGUGAAGCUAGCUGUCAUCUCGGGUGUUGGCACGCGAGACUACUAUCGUCGGCUGGGAUACGAGCUCGAUGGCCCAUACAUGAGCAAAUCGUUGUUGUAGUCCAUAGCAGACCGUGAGUCCGUUACACACACUUGUAAUAGUACAUGUAUUGUAGCAAUUCUUUCGCAAUCAUGGUGUAUCCGUAUGAUUAGUCUGCGCAACCCGGUUUCCACCCGAACACUUCAUCAUUUCACCGGUCAGGGCUCAUCCUCGGGCUCUUGGUCCCCGAGAACGAACGUCUGGAAGUUGGGGAAGACGAGCUCCUCCUCGAUCGUCUUGCGGAUCACGUCUUGGAUGAACCGCUCUACACGUGUGACAUUCUUCAGAACAUGCUUGUCUGCCUGCCCAAUCUCGCUCUCGAUGUAAAUCGACGGGAGCAGUCGUUGGCCGAUGGGCAACGGCUUGCCCGCCCUGGUGCCCCCACCUGCCCCGGCAGACGCGGGCGCCUCGUCCUCCGCUUCGACCGGAGUGCCUGAGGACGGCGUGUCGCGCUUCGGACGGUCGCUGCCUAGGGGCCCGUACGGAUCGAGCUCGUCGACGAUGCAGAGGUGCACGCGUUUGCGCUCACCCUCGUACGCGACGACGACUUCGCCGUUGAAGAUAAGGCCUGUGACGGACAGCUUGAUUGGGAGGGACAUGAACAUCGGAGACGGGUAGUUGAUGAGCAGAGAGGUGGUUAGCGUGAUACGGAGAUUUGACUGCCAGGUGAUGUGGAGGUGGGAUUGGAUGUUGGGGUGCUGUGGCGGCUUCGGAGGGGACGGCUCGGAGGGAGGAGACGGGGACGGGGAUGGGGAUUCGAGCUCGCCUCUGGAGAUACCUCUUUCAAGCAUGGGUGGUGUACGACUCGCAGAAAUUGAUUGAGGUGGUGCAUUAGAUACGGCAGACAUAGCAGAGAGGUAUAAUGAAGGGGAGGGGUAUGAUGGCCUCAGGUCGGCCAGGCUUGUGAAUGCGGGGCUCCAGAUGUCCCUCGGGGAGCGCAAGAACGGUGUUGAGUGCAACAUGUCCAUACCCAUGCCCAUGCCCCCCAUCCCGGGGCCCAUCCCAUAGCGUACAUGCGGUGGAAGGAGAUGGUAUGCGGGGCCGUCCUCCCCCACACCUUUGCCGCGCGCGGCCUUGCGGGAGACCCACUCGAACCCAUCGUCGUCCGGGAACUCUGUCACCUUCACGGGAGCGCCGUGGGUGCCGUCCUCUUCCUCUUCGUCAUCCUCUAGGAAAUCUCGGUAGAUGUCGCGCAGGUCGACGAGCUCUAUGUCCGGCGCGUUCGAGCCGAAGUCGAAGGACGUGACCUCGAUGGGCCCAAUGAACGACGGCCGGGGAGUGGUUGCGAGUUGCCUGUUGAUAAGAUCUGCCAGAGUCGAAGCCAGUGACGAGUCGAGUCUAUUCCAUUCGAGGUCUACGGACAUAGUGACGAGCUCGUCGCU